AGAGAGUCUCUCAUCUUCUUCAUUUCUUCACCAUCAUCACACACACCUUCUUCUUCUUCUCUCUCCUAUCACAAGAGAGCGAAAAAAAAAAAACUAUGGCUUCUACUUCUUCCCUCGCUCUCUCUCAAGCUCUCCUAGCUCGUGCAAUCUCUCACCAUGGCUCUGACCAACGUGGAUCUUUACCAGCUUUCACUGGACUCAAAUCCACUGGCUCACGCGCCUCUGUUUCGUCUCGUCGACGUAUCGCUCAAUCCAUGAACAAGAACCGCUCUCUCCGUCCUCUUGUUCGCGCUGCAGCUGUUGAGACUGUUGAGCCAACCACUGAUUCGUCGAUUGUUGACAAAUCGGUCAACUCGAUUAGGUUUUUGGCUAUCGAUGCGGUGGAGAAGGCGAAAUCAGGUCAUCCUGGUCUUCCUAUGGGUUGUGCUCCGAUGGCUCACAUUUUGUAUGAUGAGGUCAUGAGGUAUAACCCCAAGAACCCUUAUUGGUUCAACCGUGACCGAUUCGUUCUAUCUGCUGGACAUGGAUGUAUGUUGCUUUACGCGUUGCUUCAUCUUGCUGGCUACGACAGUGUCCAGGAAGAAGAUUUGAAGCAAUUCCGUCAAUGGGGAAGCAAGACACCAGGACAUCCUGAGAAUUUCGAGACUCCUGGAAUUGAAGUCACUACUGGUCCUCUUGGACAAGGAAUCGCUAAUGCUGUUGGUUUAGCUCUUGCUGAGAAGCAUUUGGCUGCUAGAUUCAACAAACCUGAUGCUGAAGUUGUCGACCACUACACAUAUGCGAUCCUUGGAGAUGGUUGUCAGAUGGAGGGUAUUUCUAAUGAAGCUUGCUCUCUAGCUGGCCAUUGGGGACUUGGAAAGCUCAUUGCUUUCUACGAUGACAAUCACAUUUCCAUUGAUGGAGACACAGAAAUUGCCUUCACUGAGAACGUGGACCAGCGUUUCGAAGCCCUUGGAUGGCAUGUUAUCUGGGUGAAGAAUGGAAACACUGGGUAUGACGAGAUCCGUGCUGCCAUUAAGGAAGCUAAAGCUGUUACAGACAAGCCUACAUUGAUCAAGGUCACUACUACCAUUGGUUAUGGGUCUCCCAACAAGGCGAACUCAUACAGUGUCCAUGGUGCUGCACUUGGCGAGAAGGAAGUUGAGGCUACCAGAAAUAACCUUGGAUGGCCGUAUGAGCCUUUCCAGGUACCUGACGAUGUUAAAAGCCACUGGAGUCGUCAUACACCUGAAGGAGCUACUCUUGAAUCUGACUGGAGUGCAAAGUUUGCAGCAUAUGAAAAGAAGUACCCAGAGGACGCUGCAGAGUUGAAAUCUAUUAUCACGGGUGAAUUACCUGCUGGCUGGGAGAAGGCUCUACCUACAUACACACCAGAGUCUCCAGGUGAUGCCACCAGAAACCUGUCACAGCAAUGUCUUAACGCCCUUGCUAAAGUUGUUCCCGGUUUCCUUGGUGGAAGUGCUGACCUUGCAUCAUCCAACAUGACAUUGCUGAAAGCCUUUGGCGACUUCCAAAAGGCCACACCUGAAGAAAGAAAUCUUAGGUUUGGUGUUAGGGAGCACGGAAUGGGAGCCAUCAGCAACGGCAUUGCCCUUCACAGCCCUGGUCUUAUCCCUUACUGUGCGACUUUCUUUGUCUUCACUGACUACAUGAGAGGUGCCAUGAGAAUCUCGGCUUUGUCUGAAGCUGGUGUUAUCUAUGUUAUGACCCAUGACUCUAUUGGUCUUGGUGAGGAUGGACCAACCCAUCAGCCCAUUGAGCACAUCGCAAGUUUCCGUGCUAUGCCCAACACUCUUAUGUUCCGUCCUGCUGAUGGAAACGAAACAGCCGGUGCAUACAAGAUCGCUGUCACCAAACGCAAGACACCAUCUAUCUUAGCUUUGUCUAGGCAAAAGCUGCCUCAGCUUCCAGGUACAUCCAUUGAAGGAGUCGAAAAGGGUGGAUAUACAAUUUCUGACGACUCUUCAGGCAACAAACCCGAUGUGAUCUUGAUUGGAACUGGAUCUGAGCUAGAGAUUGCUGCACAGGCUGCAGAGGUGCUGAGGAAAGAAGGCAAAACCGUUAGAGUUGUUUCUUUCGUGUGCUGGGAACUAUUUGACGAGCAAUCAGAUGAAUACAAGGAGAGCGUGUUGCCAUCUGAUGUAUCAGCUAGAGUUAGCAUCGAAGCAGCUUCGACUUUUGGAUGGGGAAAGAUUGUUGGAGGCAAAGGAAAGUCCAUUGGUAUUAACUCAUUCGGGGCCAGCGCACCAGCACCCAUACUCUACAAGGAGUUUGGUAUCACCGUUGAAGCUGUUGUUGAUGCGGCCAAGUCAUUCUUCUAAGAGAUUUAAGAUCGGACCAUCCUCACUAGGGGUUUUGUCUGAAACUUGAUUUGGAAACAAGGCUAUUCACAACAUUGUCUCAUAUCUCGAAAUAAAGUGCAACAAGACGC